AUGGCGUGCCGAGUUCUGCUGAGGAGCGGUGCAACGGUUGAGGUGCUCAGCUCUCUGAGCCUCCCUAAGGGCACAGUCCAAAUUGUUUUCAGUAGAUCUGACGUGGAGGACGCGACGGGAGAAGUUCACUCGAUCACCGGGAAACCUCCCCUCAAAGGUGAAUCAACAGAUGAUGCAAUGACGGUUCGUGCGAUGUUUUCUGAGUUGCUCUCGUCUGGCAAUACUACUGUUUCCACCGUGGAGAACCUAUUGAAGGUUUCCUCCGUCGCCACAUUUGCUUCUCAGCACAGGAUGGAGGAAACCCUCAAUGGCAUUCUAGAGGCUGCAGGGAUUGCGGAAGCCCAAGAAAAGAGUCAGAUUGUGGAGAUGAACACCCGGCUUACUGAUAUUCAAAGCAAGAUGGAGAAACUUGUCAAAGAGAGCAACGGGAACUCGGAUUCUGAAUCUGAAGAUGAUAACAACGGGUCUGGGAAGGGAGGUGACAACAAGGGUUAUGGUCCAUUUGGUUUGAUUGGGUGGGGAGUGGCUAAGGGGGUCAAGAUUUUGACUCAUAUGUGGGGUAAUGGAGGGGUUUAG